AUGGAAGUGGAACAAUCACAAUUUGUUAAUGAAGAUGUUGCUUAUUCACUUGAACAAGGGCAAGAAGUUCAACAAAUACAAGGAGAAGGGUUGUCAUCAUUGCCACCAAGUGCACUAAUAGAGGUAAGCAAAAGAAAAUCCUCUAAAAAACCUUCUAAAGUUUGGACAGAUUUUAAAAGGGUUAAUGAUAAGGCUAUGUGUAAGUAUCGUGGAAAACAAUAUGCAGCAAAUAGUGGUAGUCAUGACACUACUAACAUGCAUAAACAUUUGAAAGUAUACUUGUGUCCUGAACCCUAUCCGGAGGAGAAUUUGGAGUUUCUUAAAUCACAGAAUAUUCGUCUAUUUCAAUUUGGAAUUGAGGGGAAAACGGAAGUUUCUUUACCUAUUCUCAGUGAUUCUAUUAUGGAGGCUUUGAAAAUUUUACUUGAUGUGAGAAAUCACCCUGUUUUGAUUCAUUGCAAACGAGGAAAGCAUAGAACAGGUUGUGUAGUUGGUUGCUUCAGAAAGAUGCAGAACUGGUGUCUGUCUUCUGUGUUUGAGGAGUACCAACGCUAUGCUGGUGCUAAAUCCAGGACAACGGAUUUAACAUUUAUAGAGAUGUUUGACAUCAUAAAUCUUAGGCAGUGCCUCUACAGCAUCAUCUACCAGUAUCAAGAUGCUUCAAAGAAGCGUAGAUUGAUGUAUCAAGGCGAGACUACGCAGAAGCCACCCCGUUUGACAUCGUUUUAGCUGCUGCACUGGCUAUCAACUCCAUUUUUGGAUUUGGUAGAGAACUCAUACUUCAAAGUAAUUUUUUGGAGUCUUUGAACAUAUAUCCUUAGGGUUUUUAAAGAUCUUUUGAGUACUGCUAUUGA